AUCUCCACGGAAAGAAUGAGCUACUUGGAGCUAAUCAGAAAGGUCAAGAAAUAAUCUUCAGGAAACCUGUUGAAAUGACAUUUGAGAAAAUUCAAUCCUCUAAUGUCCCUGAGAACAACGUCGAGAGUGGGGAAAAUCUCAGUCAGCUUGACAAGAUCCACAUAUGUCAGCAUUCCAGUGAACACAAGGGGAAAGAGAAAGGUUUCAGCGGGGAGAAGAUAAUUUUUCCGUGUGAGCUUCAGAGAACCAGCAUGAGGAAAAAACGUUAUCAAUGUAGUGAGUGUGGAAAAGCAUUUUUUUAUAAAUCAAACCUAAUGAUUCAUCAGAGUAUGCACACAAGGAAAAAGCAUUAUGAACGUAGGGCGUGUGGAAAAGGCUUUUCUUGUAAGCCACACUUCAUUGCCCAUCAGAGGAUCCAUGCAGGGGAGAAAUAUUUUGAAUGCAGUGAGUGUGGAAAAGGCUUUUCUUGUAAGUCAAACCUCAUUAGACAUCAGAGGAUCCACACAGCGGAGAAACCUUUUGAAUGCAGUGAGUGUGGAAAAGGCUUUUCUCGUAAAUCAAACCUCAUUAGACAUCAGAGAAUCCACACAGCGGAGAAACCUUUUGAAUGCAGUGAGUGUGGAAAAGGCUUUUCUUGUAAGUCAAAUCUCAUUGCACAUCAGAGGAUCCAUACAGGGGAGAAACCUUAUGAAUGCAGUGAGUGUGGAAAAGGCUUUUCUCAUAAGUCAAACAUCAUAGCACAUCAGAAAAUGCACACAGGAGAAAAACCUUUUGAAUGCAGUGAGUGUGGAAAAGGCUUUUCUCGUAAGUCAAACCUCAUUAGACAUCAGAGGAUCCAUACAGGGUAGAAACCUUAUGAAUGUAGGGAGUGUGGAAAAGGCUUUUCUCGUAAGUCAAACCUCAUUAGACAUCAGAGGAUCCACACAGUGGAGAAAGCUUUUGAAUGCAGUGAGUGUGGAAAAACUUCUACUCAGAAGUCACACCUAAUCAUGCAUCAGAGAAUGCACACAGGGGAAAAUCCGUAUGAAUGUAGUGAGUGUGGAAACCUGUCGUAUUUUGUUCAACAUCAGAAUUCACAUGGGAAAAGCAUGAAU